CAUUUCCUUGUUGGUAGGUCUGGUUUCAGUGUCUGUGGAUGACUCUUUUCAUCCUUCGAUGGCUGACAAGAAUUCUUCAGAAUUCAACGCCUUUAGCCAAAAGUUUUGCGAUAGUGUUGGUACAAUGUUAGCUGACAGUGACAACACCAGUGUUGUAGCCUGUACCGUACAGUCUCUAAGUAAAGGAAGCAUCGUCACCGGUUUUACUUUGGAACUGCAAACCACUUUUAAUACCAGCAGUGACUGGCUGAAGGACUUGUUGCAGAACUCUGGGCUCCAUGAUGGAGAAUUCACUCACUGGUUAAAUCUUCGAGUAAAAAUGUCUUCGAUUAACGUUUCCUCCCUAGAGUCCAAACUAUCAGAUUCGAAAGUUCCGGGUACCUAUCCUUCAAAAGUGGAGUGUACUCAACAAUUUCUGCCUUUGCCUUACACCUACCCACAUUUUUGCGGAGAAUAUCAGGCUUGCACUUCUACGGGAGUAAAAUACCUCCGAUGCCCCGAGGACUUUGAGUUUUCUUACGAAUCGCCAGCAGACGACACAGUGUGCUACAGACGGUCAGAAAACACGUAUUGUGGUCAGCGAAGGAGAGAGGAGCGAGUGUCAACUACGGCGACAGCUGCAACAACUACAGACACGAAACCUUUGACUGACACGACGUCUGUAGCAUCCUCAACGACCACCUCAGUCGAGUCAACGGUUGCUAAGGACACAACAGCCACAUCUCUGCCAUGUUCAGAGAUCUUAGGGAACAAAAAUCUUUCCGAGUUAUUUCAUUGUCCAUCAACCGGGUACGUGUUCAUCCCACGACCCGACACCUACCCUGACCACUGCAACAGUUACGUCUGGUGCGUUGACGGGGUGACAUACAACAGCAGCCACAUCGGGUGCGGCGCCGGUGCACAUUACACCACAAUGGAGGACGGCCCUUGCUACCCGGCGGGGCACCCAAACACAUUCUGUCACGUGGUGCGCAGAUGCAAAGAUCUUCUGACACAGAUUAAAGGAUACACGACACCUUCCACAACAUUUACAGGUAGAGACAUUGAGAUCGCUAUCUUCAUAUGAUUGACAACAAUUUUAUCACGACCUUUUACUCAUGGCAUUGUAUCAAGGCAUUCAAAUGAGACUAAAAUACUAGGAAAGAGUUCAUGACUUAGAGGGGAGAUUAGGGUCAAUGAGUAAAGCAUAGCAGUACAGAGGGAUGGAAACUGUGUGCAAUUAAUAGAUUUUGUUAUUUAAAAGAAGAAAGAUAAAAGUGUAGCAAAGAAGGGUGUGUAGUAACUUCGAUUAGAUCAAGAAGAAAGGAAUGAUAUAUAAAGAAAAAAAACCAGAAAUACAAAGUGAGGAAAUUAUGUUGUUGUUUUUUUCUGUGUGCAGAUAUAACAAAAAGUCCUGGAUAGCUGACCACAGGGGACUAAGUGUUUCAUAAAAUACUCGCAAUACACAGAGAUACAUACAUAAAUGAAUGCUCAGUGCGCAUGCGUUGAAGAAAGCUGUGAGCUAAGUGAAGGUCCUCGACUGAAAUUUGCUGGUCACAUUUAUGAAUGACAAUUUUGAUAUCUUAUUCUGGAAAACAACAUCUGCAUUUAUGUGUUUAUGUGUAUUUAUGUGUGUAUAUUGUAUACGUGAAUAUUGAUGUAAGAGGCGCAUGUGAUAUUGUGUUUGUACUGAUGUGUAUAUCCUCUGGAGAUUGUUUUCUAUCAUUCGAUUUGGAAAAAUCAAAUGUGUAUAAAUCGUCGGAUCCAUGAGGUUUCGCUAAACAUUUGAAGUCUUUUGAGCUCUGAAAAAGUGUUUAAGAGAAUGCAACGGGGUAAACAAAUAUCCAGUAUCAACUUAUUUUGUCAAGUAUUCAGCGCAUGCGCAGUGCAUAGUCGUCGGUGGAUAAAGGGUCAACGGUGUUCAA